AUGGAUAAAGUGGGGAAGAUGUGGAACAACUUCAAGUACAGGUGUCAGAAUCUUUUUAACCAUGAAGGAGGAAACAACAGUGAAAAUACAGUUGUGAACUCUAACAGGUGUUUAUCUGUCAAAGAAAGGAACAUCAGCAUAGGGGACUUGGCUCCCCAGCAACAAAGUAGUCCCUUAAGAGAGAACGUUGCCUUACAACUUGAAAUAAGCCCAUCAAAGAAUUCUUCAAGAAGAAACCAAAACUGUGCCACUGAGAUCCCUCAGAUCGUAGAAAUCAGCAUCGAGAAGGAAAGCGACUCGUGCAUCGCCACCACAGGUACGAGGCUGGCACGGAGAGACUCGUACUCUCGCCAUGCUCCGUGGGGGGGGAAGAAGAAACAUUCCUGUUCUACAAAGACACAAAGUUCUUUGGAUACCGAGAAAAGGUUUGGCAGGACCCGCAGCGGCCUGCAGAGAAGAGAGAGACGAUACGGUGUGAGCUCCGUCCACGACAUGGAGAGCGUCUCGAGCAGGACGGUGGGGAGCCGAUCUCUGAGGCAGAGGCUGCAGGACACUGUGGGCUUGUGCUUUCCCAUGAGAACGUACAGUAAACAGGCGAAGCCCCUCUUUUCUAAUAAGAGGAAAAUACACCUUUCUGAAUUGAUGCUUGAAAAAUGUCCUUUCCCCGCUGGAUCAGAUCUGGCGCAGAAAUGGCAUCUGAUUAAGCAGCACACGGCCCCCGUGAGCCCCCAUUCCACCUUCUUUGAUACCUUUGACCCGUCCUUGGUGUCCACCGAAGAUGAGGAAGAUCGGCUCCGGGAGCGCCGGCGGCUGAGUAUCGAGGAAGGGGUGGAUCCCCCUCCCAACGCACAAAUACAUACGUUUGAGGCCACCGCCCAGGUGAACCCCUUAUAUAAGCUGGGACCAAAGUUAGCCCCGGGAAUGACCGACCUGACCGCAGACGGCGGCGCCGGCCCGCAGGCGAGCUGCGACUCCGAGGAGGACGCCACCACCCUGUGCCUGCAGGCGCGGCGGCAGAAGCAGCGCCAGGGCUCCGGGGACAGCCACGGCCACGGCCACGCGGGCCGCCAGGGAGCGUGGAAAGUGCACACGCAGAUCGACUACAUCCACUGCCUCGUGCCCGACCUGCUCCAGAUCACGGGGAAUCCCUGCUACUGGGGAGUCAUGGACCGAUACGAAGCCGAGGCCCUCCUCGAGGGGAAGCCCGAAGGCACGUUCUUGCUCAGGGACUCCGCCCAGGAGGACUACCUGUUCUCCGUGAGCUUCCGCCGCUACAACCGCUCGCUGCACGCGCGCAUCGAGCAGUGGAACCACAACUUCAGCUUCGACGCCCACGACCCCUGCGUGUUCCACUCGUCCACCGUCACGGGGCUGCUGGAGCACUACAAGGACCCGAGCUCCUGCAUGUUCUUCGAGCCGCUGCUCACCGUGUCGCUCAACAGGACUUUCCCCUUCAGCCUGCAGUACAUCUGCCGGGCGGUGAUCUGCAGGUGCACCACGUACGACGGCAUUGACGGGCUCCCCCUGCCGUCCAUGUUGCAGGACUUCCUGAAGGAGUAUCACUAUAAGCAGAAAGUGAGGGUGCGCUGGUUAGAGCGAGAACCAAUAAAGGCGAAGUAAACCCGGGCCCCGGCCAGGCUUCUGUGCGUCACACCGCAACCCUAGCAAGCACACGCACCCCUGUUAGGCUGGGGCCGCCGUCCUUCCUCCUCGCGUAGUGUGUCAGACGCUCUGCCGCCACUCACACCCGCAACGGUGGCGCCUCCUGGAAUGACGAGGAGAGGACGAAGCUGCACACGGGCAAUAGG